AUGUCUCGAAGGAAGAUUUCGUCGGAGUCCUUCAGCUCCCUGGGCUCCGACUACCUGGAGACCAGCCCCGAGGAGGAGGGGGAGUGCCCCUUGUCUAGGCUCUGCUGGAACGGCAGCCGGAGCCCGCCCGGGCCGCCCGAGCCCAGCGCGGCGGCCGCCGCCGCCCCGACCCCGGCAGCCGCCGGCGCCACCGCUGCCACGGCUGGGGCCAGGAGAGCGCAGCGCCGGAGGCGGGUCAACCUGGACUCUCUGGGCGAGAGCAUCAGCCGCCUGACGGCGCCCUCGCCCCAGAUGAUACAGCAAACUCUAAAGAGGACAUUGCAGUAUUAUGAACACCAAUUUACUGGUUAUAGGGAUGUAGAAAAGAAUUUCUACAAUAUUUCUAACAGAUGCUCCUAUGCAGACCAUUCCAACAAAGAAGACAUUGAAGAUGUCUCAGGAAUUCUUCAGUGUACUGCUAAUGUACUCGGUUUGAAGUUUGAGGAAAUUCAAGAAAGAUUUGGUGAGGAGUUCUUUAAUAUAUGCUUUGAUGAAAAUGAGAGAGUCCUUCGAGCUGUAGGUGGCACGUUGCAGGACUUUUUUAAUGGCUUUGAUGCUUUGUUGGAACACAUUAGAACUUCUUUUGGAAAACAGGCCACUCUGGAGUCACCAUCAUUCCUAUGCAAAGAGCUCCCUGAAGGUAAUCUUAUGCUCCACUACUUCCACCCUCACCACAUCGUGGGGUUUGCAAUGCUUGGAAUGAUUAAGGCUGCAGGAAAGAAAAUCUAUCAGCUGGAUGUAGAAGUGGACCAGGUUGCAAAUGAGAAACUGUGCUCUGAUGGUUCAAACCCAGGCAAUUGUAGUGGUCUUACUUUCCUUAUCAAACAAUGUGAAAAUACUAAUAUCAUGAAGAACCUUCCACAGGGAACCUCCCAAGUUCCUGCGGACCUCAGAAUUAGCAUCAACACCUUCUGCAGAGCCUUCCCUUUCCAUUUGAUGUUUGACCCCCACAUGACAGUCCUUCAGCUGGGGGAAGGCCUAAGGAAGCAGCUCCGAUGUGACACUCACAAAGUGCUCAGGUUUGAGGACUGCUUCGAGAUUGUUUCUCCAAAGGUUAAUGCCACCUUCGAAAGGGUUCUGCUGCGACUGUCCACACCAUUUGUGAUUAGGACCAAGCCUGAGGCUUCUGGCACUGAGAAUAAAGACAAGGUGAUGGAAGUUAAAGGACAAAUGAUCCAUGUCUCAGAAUCAAAUUCUAUUUUAUUCUUGGGUUCUCCAUGUGUGGACAAGUUGGAUGAACUCAUGGGACGAGGGCUGCAUCUCUCGGACAUUCCUAUCCAUGAUGCUACCCGAGAUGUAAUUUUGGUUGGUGAGCAGGCAAAGGCCCAAGAUGGCUUGAAGAAGAGGAUGGAUAAAUUAAAAGCAACUUUAGAAAGAACUCACCAGGCCCUGGAAGAAGAGAAAAAAAAAACAGUGGAUCUUCUAUAUUCUAUUUUCCCUGGUGAUGUAGCCCAGCAAUUGUGGCAAGGGCAGCAAGUGCAAGCCAGAAAGUUUGAUGAUGUCACCAUGCUCUUUUCAGACAUUGUUGGCUUCACAGCCAUAUGUGCCCAGUGUACCCCCAUGCAAGUAAUCAGCAUGCUGAAUGAACUGUACACAAGAUUUGACCACCAAUGUGGAUUUUUGGAUAUUUAUAAGGUGGAAACAAUAGGUGAUGCAUACUGUGUUGCUGCAGGGCUCCACAGAAAAAGCCUCUGCCAUGCUAAACCCAUUGCUCUGAUGGCCCUGAAGAUGAUGGAACUUUCUGAAGAGGUGCUGACCCCUGAUGGAAGACCAAUUCAGCCUCAAAUGGCCCAUCUAUCUCUUAUUUCAUUUCCCACCUCCAUCCAGCAGUGUUUGGAUAGGUGUUACAGCCGAAUGGAGUUGGGUACUGGAAGAAUGAGAAUAGGCAUUCACUCAGGCUCUGUGCUGGCUGGAGUUGUUGGGGUAAGAAUGCCACGAUAUUGCCUGUUUGGAAAUAAUGUCACUCUGGCAAGCAAAUUCGAAUCGGGAAGUCACCCUCGACGCAUCAAUGUCAGCCCAACCACUUACCAAUUAUUAAAACGAGAAGAAAGUUUCACAUUCAUUCCUCGGUCCCGUGAAGAGCUUCCAGACAACUUUCCAAAGGAAAUCUCUGGGGUCUGCUAUUUCCUGGAGGUAAGAACUGGUCCUAAGCAGCCAAAGCCUUCUCUUUCUUCAUCGAGAAUAAAAAAGGUUUCCUACAACAUUGGCACAAUGUUCCUCCGGGAGACAAGCCUCUGAGACCUGCUACAGAUCAAAGACUCCUCCAAAAAGCACAAGCCCAGAACAUGGGUCAUGACAGGAGAAUGGAAAGAUUGUUCAUCCUUCACUGCUCUCUGGAGGACAAACAGUGGAAUUUCUGUUAUGUCAGGCAAUAAUCCUAGAAAAAGGAGGGUGAUGACUAUCAACAAAAAACUGGAGGGCAAAGUGGAAAUAAGAUGUAUCCAUUCUUAUGAGUGUUUUUGGUCAUAUAUAUAUUGUGUAUAAUAUAUAUAUGUAUUUUAAUUAAUUACAAGUGUGAGGCC